GCACCUGACAUGGCGAAGAAAAAAGCGCAUAUGAUCAUCCUCUCCCUCUUCCUACUCCCCUUUCUCCUCCUCCUCCUCCUCCUCCUCGUCCUCUUGCCCUCCCCAUCCUCCUCCCCACCCGACGCCCCUCGCCGCGGCUCCAGAGACAUCCUCAAAUCCUCAUCCUCCAACGACGUGUAUCCCUCGUCAUCCUUCAACCAAUCCUCGUCUCUCCUCCGUUCCUCGUCCUCCGGAUCCUCGAGGACGCUGGUGGAGGAGGAGGACUUCCUGUACGACCUCAAGGAACUCCCCGACGGCCGAGAGAUCUCAGUCUACCUUCUGGAGGGCGAGAAGAAGAGAUUAAUGUUCCCUCUGGAUGCCGAAGGCUCUCUCGCCAUUGUCGUGACGCCCUGCGAAACGCCCCUGGUGUGGACCCUAUCGCUCCGCACACACGCCCCCUUCCAUAGUGCGAGCGAGUCAGAGUUUCGAAGCGAUUCGUUGUUCGCCGACGCUGCUUCGAACCGCACUAUUCGGAUAAACGGUGAUUCGAAGCUGUUGGAAGACGAAAGGAGAUCGAAUACUCCCAGACAGCUACAGAAUCCUACGCGGGAUACCCUAACGGAGGUUCCGAUCCUCAGAGAAGAGCGUAAAACAGAAGAUGAUCGGAGAAUGUCUGCUGCGGCGAGAGGUUAUGGGAUCGAGCGAGGGAGUUAUAAGGAAGUGGUUUUGAAGGAGUACGAAGGCCAUGAAGCCGUGGUUUUUCAAGAAGCGACGGCGAUGAUUGGUUUGUAUGUGAUUCAGAUCCGUGGUGAGGGCGGGCCGACUUACGUGCACGUGCAGGCCAGUACCAAGGGGCACCUGACUUCGCCCACCGUCCGUGUCAAGGUCGCCAGCACGCCCACGAUUGAAGGCGUCACGCUCACGUGGGCGAACAGGAACCCGAGCGGCGGCUACUGCCUCGUGCUGAGCGAGGGCCGCCCGUACCCGUCCCUGUGCGCCGCCCGCGCCGCCCACCUUCCCUCGCGGCACAAGAUGCGCGACCACGCCCACGCGCCCACGCUGCUUCUGGGCUGCACGGACCAGCCCAGAUACUGGCUUCCCUCGCGACCCGCCCGCGCCCUGCACGUGGCCGUGUGGGCGGGGGGGUCGGGCGGGCCUCCCCUGGGGCGCGGUCUGGUCCGCGGCGCCCGCCGGCGGCGAGUGCCCCGCCUGCGGAAGGGGCGGUUACUGGCGCUCGUUCCGUCGGCGGGCGGAUGGGCGGCCGCUAGGUACCGCGUGCGGAGGGGUGGGCGGCGGCUGCACAUCAUGGCGGUGGCGUGCGGUGGGCAACUCCGGCUGCAGGUGGAGUCGGAAGGCGGACGCCGCCUGACGAGCGCCGUGGGCGGCCAGGGGGCGCUGUACUUGUCCCUCACGCCCCCGUUGCCCGGCACCCUGACCCUGGCCCUGAGGACGGUACCCCCGGGGGCGUCGCACACCCUCCUGCUGGCCGCCGCGCCCUCCGUGCGCCGCCUUCCACUGCCACACAUGCCCCGCAACUCGCGCGUGCGCGUGGCGGGCGUGGGCUGCUCAUGGGCCAGCCUGCGAUGGUCGGCCGCCCGCGCCUCCGCCUCCUACUGCAUCCUGAUGGAGAAGGAGACGAGCGGGAAGCCGUGGCGUGCGCGGGCGCCGCUGCAGUGCGGCUGGGAGGACGCCCUACGCGACCCCGCCCGCUACGACGCCUGGUGGUGCGGCCCGCCCACGCGCAUGCGCCCGCAGGAGCACACCAUGACCGGCCUCGCGCCCGCCACCAACUACACCGUCACGGUGCUGGUGCGCCACUCCGGCACCGGGCGCACGCUGGCACUCACGCCCGCCUUCCUCGGCACCGCCAGCGCCUGCCCCUCGUAGCUGCCCGUGCGCCCGACGCCACGCGUCUUCACGCCCGCACCCCGCCGCCCGACCCCGCCCAGGGCGAAAACGAAGCUACGCCCACAGCGCAGUCACGUCGCUUCAGCUGAGCAUCUCCUGCGCCGCGACGUCCCGGCCCAAGAGUGAGCACGGCCGGCGCCUGGGCAGCCCGGGGCGAGGCACCCACACUGCCACGUUUCUGUUGGAUCAUAAUAUAGCUUUAUUUUC